AUGACCGUCCAGCCGUACUCCCUUCCAGCCGGGUUCUCACCCGCGACGGUGUCUCUCCCGCGGCAGCAAACGGUGAUCGCCCAAGACGAGACCGGCAAGGCCACAAUCUACCACGAUGCGCCACUGCCCAUCCCCGAACCCCACAUGGUGCUGGUCAAGACGGUCGCCGUGUCCAUCAAUCCCUGCGACUGGAAGAUGCCCUCGCGCUUUCCCACCCCGGGAGCCCGCAUCGGCUGCGACUUUGCCGGCACCGUGCUCUCGAUCGGCCCUGAAGCCGCUCGCAUCCGACCAGACCUUCGCCUCGGCGACCGCGUGUGCGGCGGCAUUCACGGGUCCAAUCCGAUCGAUCUGCCAUCCGGCAGUUUCUCGCAGUAUGUGGCUGCUCAUGCGGACCUGCUCUUGACACUGCCCAGCGAGAUCUCCUUCGCGCGGGGGGCCGUGCUCGGAGGCAGCGUCUUCGCGACUCUGUGGAUUGCUCUGUACGAGUCGCUUGGGCUGGAGGGGACCCCGGACAAGCCUCUGCAGGCGAGUGAUGAUGUGCCCCCCGUGCUGGUCUACGGGGGUAGUACCUCCACCGGAACAGCCGCUCUCCAGAUCCUGCGACUCUCAGGAUACCGCCCCAUAGCCACCUGCUCUCCCCACAACAACGACCUCGUGCACGCCGCCGGCGCCGAGCAGACCUUCGACUACCGAUCCGAGACGUGCGCCGCCGACAUCAAGCGCCACACGCACGGCCGCCUCCGCCACGUCCUCGACAUCAUCACCGACCUCCAGUCCCAGCUGAUCUGCUACGACACCUUCAGUCGCGUGGGCGGCAAGUACACCUGCCUGGAACAGCCCGCCGAGGAACUGCAUCUCCGCCGCACCGUUCGCAAGGAGAUGAUCGUCGGGCUGGCGGCCAGUGGGAAGGAGAUUGCCCUGGCCGACGGCUACGAGCGCAGCGCCAACCCGCAGUUGCGCGCCGACAGUGGCCGGUUCUUCCAGACCAUCCAGCGACUGGUCGACCAGGGCAAGUUCGUCCCUCACCCCGCCAGGACGGUCGAGGGGGGCUUCGAGGGGAUCCUGAAGGGGCUGGAGAUCCUGAAGUCCGGCGGGACGUCGGGGGAGAAAUUGGUGGUGUUUCUCGAGGGAGGCGAUCCCUGA